AUGAGACUGACGAUCUUUGCUGAUGAGACUGGUGGGACUGAUGAGACUGGUGGGACUGGUGGGACUGAUGAGACUGGUGGGACUGAUGAGACUGGUGGGGCUGAUGAGACUGGUGGGACUGAUGACGCUUGUGCCUGCGACUAUGAUGAUGGCAGUAGCGAUGUGUUUCUAACCAUUGGCAUUCCGACGAUGAAGCGUCCAAACCAGACAUAUUUGUGGAUGUGCCUCGAUUCCCUUUUCAGCAACAGCGAUGAAACGGACAAAAACGACAUGGUCAUUGUAAUUUUGUUGUCCGAUCCCGACCCGGCUUUUCGUGAGAAUGUAACAGCCAAUAUAUCGGCUCGCUACAAACCCCACCUAAACUCGGGCUUGGUACAGGUGAUCCAGGUCGCACCUAACUAUUACCCUGAUCUCAUGCGCCUGGCGAGAACGUACAGUCAACCAUUAAUACGGGUACGAUGGCGUUCCAAACAGAACAUCGAUUAUGCCUUCUUGAUGAAAUACAGCGUGAAUAUCUCACGAUACUACCUGCAACUCGAGGAUGACGUCACUACCGUCCCCGGCUUCUUGCAUAAAAUCAAAGCCACCGUGGCACCUGUGGAGAGAUUCGCAAGUCUGGCAUUUUCCUCUCUAGGUUUUAUAGGUAAACUCUUCCACAAUAGUGACCUCUACAAACUAGCCGACCUUACUGACGGUGUUUUACGCGGUACAUCCAAAUGA